AUGCAUAUUGAAAAUGAUUGGAAGGCAUUAAAAAGUAUUUUUAACUGCGAAGAUGAAACUUUAACAUUAGUUAUUCAUGCAAUACUUUCAGACAUGUUAAAAGAAUCUUUGCAAAAUGUUGAAAAGAUAACAUCAUCAGUUCAAAGAGAAGCUUGGAAAGAUAAUUUUAGUCAAAAAUAUGUUUUACCAAGAAUUAAGAAUUUUAUAGGAACUGCCAAUAACUUCCGCAUUGUGUUGGAUAAAAAUGCAGAGAAUUCACUUGAAAUUAAUGAGAAUAUGCAAACUAGCGAGAACUAUUUGCCUUUACUUUGGAGAUUAAUCAGAAAACCAGAUUUAGACGAUUUUAGAUUUUACUAUAUGUCAAACCAUGAGAAUAAAGAGUUAUUACCACUAUUAAAUAUUUUUUUGAAGCAUGAAAAAAAUCUAAACCUUAUUAAACAUCUUGCACCAAUCAUGAAAUUUAUACAAAUCCUUUCUUCAAGACUUUCUCAUGCUAUUGAGAGACAAAAAGCACGUCAAUUAACAUUUCAACAAUUUAUAGCAAAUGAAUGUGAAGAUGAUGAUACUGAAAAAACCAAAAAAUCUUUGAAUGAAGCAUUUAAUAGCUUUGCAAACUCAUGGAACUGUCUAAUUCCAUAUAUCAAGCGAUAUCAAUAUAAAGACUUACCACAAGGAAUGCCUAAAAUGCAUAAAAAAAUAUCAAUUGUUUAUGGACUAUAUGAGCCAACUGAUGAGUCUAUUUAUAUAUGUGCAAUAAUAGAAUUCUUGGUUCAAUUACAAAACAAUUUUUUAAAUGAGAUUAUAGAAAUUUCUUCAGAAACUUGUCACUCGCUAAAAUUCAUUGAAAAGUCAAGUACCCAUAAAAGCGAACAAGAGUCGAAGUAUUAUUUACAGUCUAUUUCUCUUGAAAAUGCAAAACCAGAACAAAUAAUUGAUUAUGAUGAUAUUUCUGAG